AAAGAAAUGGAAGAGAGGCAGCAACUGAAUAACAGGAACCUGUUCAAAAUGGUCAGGAAAUGAUUUUCUGUUUCAUGUGGGCUGGUGGAAGCAAUGGGUGGAUUAUUUUCUAGGAAGGAACAGCCCAAGAAGGCUAACAGGAUAACCGAACAGGAUAAAGCAAUACUGUCACUCAAAAAUCAAAGAGACAAAUUGAAACAAUACCAGAAAAAGAUCACAACAAAUCUUGAGAGAGAAAGACAAGUUGCAAAAGAACUUCUUAAAGAUGGAAAAAAGGAUAAAGCAAGAUUAUUACUCAAGAAGAAAAAAUACCAGGAGUCACUUCUUACAAAAACCGAUGAUCAGCUUGAAACGUUAGAAAAACUGGUUCAUGAAAUUGAAUUUGCCCAAGUACAGGCCAAAGUUGUCCAGAACCUUAAAGUUGGAAAUGAUUGCCUUACUGCCCUGCACAAGAUAAUGACUUUAGAAGAUGUUGAGAAAAUUAUGGAAGACACCCAGGAAGCUGUUGAAUACCAGAAUGAAAUAGAUGCUCUUAUAAGUGGCGCAUUCACACAAGAGGAUGAAGAUGACAUUCUUGCUGAACUUGAAGAGUUAACUAAGGUUGAACUGCCAUCUGUGCCAACUGAAGAACCUUCAAAAGAAACUGAUCAGCUGCCAGAUGUUCCAAUGGCUGAGCCAAGUGAAAUUGAACCAGCAAAAGAAAGUGCAAAGCAAAAACCAAUUGCUGUUGCUGCAUCAUAAGCAAGUGGAGGCACAAAAAGUAAAAUAAUCUUUGAAAUUUAUUUUCAACUGUAUAGAAAUUCUCCAAUAAUAAUUUUUGUGCAUUUAAUAGUUGUUAUAAUUUUCUUCUAAAGCUUAAUGAUUGGAUGUUUGUCUGUAAAUAACUUGAAUGAACUCAGAACACUUUAUAAUUUGAGUAAUUUAGUGUAUGGUUGAGCUGUCAAGGUUGAUGGCUCAAGUAAAAUAUUUGCAAUGGUGUGUACCAUCCAACCUCAAGCCUAGAAUUUGUUUUUUGCUAGAUUUUUGGCUGAAGAUCAGUAUCUCUGACCAACCAGCUUAUAUUUUUGGUAUAAUAAGCAAUUUUGAGGCCAGGAGGCAUGGCAGGUGAUGGACACAGGGAGACAUGUCCCCUUUUGCUUUUCAGAUGACAGAUUUGGUUCUUUUUCCAUUUCAACUUUGUAUUUCCUGCCCAGUCAUUUCCUGCUAUUUGGCCCUCCCAUCCAAACUGUUUGUUUCUUUCAAUGUAGCGGUACCAUCAAAUGCUAAAUGACAUACUUUUUGUCAAGAAUUUCUAACUAUUUGUCCAAACAAAAAUAGGUCUAUAAAUUCAACUUAGGGCCUCGUGUUUAAAAAAUACUCAACAAUCCUUUGUACUAAUUUUUGACCUCAAAAUCAGUUCAAGGAUAAGUUUUUUAGUCUUUAUGUUAGUUUCGAUUAUGGUAGUACUCAUGAAAUUGAUUUUAUGUCAAAAUUAGUAAAUGUGAAAAAUUUUAUAAUCAAUCUGACUGUGAUUCACAACUGAUGGUGAAAAGUGACACCCAUAACAGUUAUUGCAGUCAAAUUCCUUAAUUUCUCGGAUUCUAAAUCCUUAAUAUUAAGUCAAAUGCAAAAAAUCUAAAGCACAAACAAUUUUAACAAAAUAUUUAAUGUGUAUGAAUCAAAUGCAUCAGGAAAAAAUGUAUGGUGGCAAAUCCUUAUCUAAGCUCAAAAACACUGCAAAAUCAUUUUCUGCUUUAAUUUCUGUAGACUCUGGUUAUAGUCACAUCAAAUAUUUCUUCAAAACCUGUGACCAUAAAUAGAGUGUGACUCUAAAUGGAGCUUAAUUUAAUAGUUUUGCCUAUUUGGGUCUAAAUUUUAUUUGACAGUUACCAGAAGUGUGACUUAAAGCAGAGUGACAAUAAGCAAAGUCGACUGUAAUUACAGUUUUUUGAAAUAUUUUGAAGGUUAUUUUUUUUGCAAAGUUGUUUUAUAAAAGUCUUUGAAAAAUUUAAGAAAUUGGAAGUGGAAAGAGAAAAAUCCUAAAAUCCUUUUAUUCACACAGUGGGUGGUUUUUAAUAUUUAAACUAAUAUUGUGUUCUUGCCAUUUUAUUUGUUUGAUGUGAACUUGUAUUUUUAUAGUUAAGAUUAAAUCAAUUAAUUUCAACCUUACUAUUGGUAUGUUUCAGUACUU